AUGGCUUUCCUUCUCCCCGUCCUCGUGGCCACCUUGGCUGUCGCCUCUCCCGUGAGCCAGUUUGUCACCAAGCAGGCUCUUCCUUCUGUUCCCGAGGGCUGGACGCUCAAGGCCGCUGCGCCUUCUGACCACCAGCUGAACCUCCACAUCCGCCUCAAGGAGGAGAACCUCGACCAGCUGCAGAAGCGCACUCUGGAGAUCAGUGACCCUGCCCAUGCCGACUACGGCAAGCACCUUACCAAGGCCGAAGUCGAUGCCCUCACUGCUCCCACCAAGGACACCGUCGACUCGGUCACCAAAUGGCUCUCCUCCCACGGCGUCGAUGCCGGUCAGGUCAACAGCGGUUUCUUGACCGUCUCCGUCAGUGUUGACCAGGCCAAGAAGAUGCUCGACGCCGACUAUGGCCUCUACGCUCACGCCGACACUGGCCGCGAGACUAUUCGUGCCACCAGCUACAGCCUGCCCGGCUCUGUCCAUGGUGCCAUUGACAUGGUCCAGCCUACCACUCUCUUUUCUGAUCUUGGCCUCAGCACCUCCAAGAACAUGAUUCCCAUUCAGAAGGCUCUUGCGUCUUCCAACCAGGCUCGCGACGGCGAUAUUUGCUCCCAGGAGGGCUCCUCGACCAAGUGCCUCCGCCAAAACUACAACGUCCAGGGCUACAACGCCUCCAACGGAAAGACAACAUUUGGCAUCACUGGCUUCUUGGGCGAAGUCCCCAGCCCUGAUAGCCUCAGCAACUACCUGCAGAAGUAUGACAGUGAUAUUCCUUCCGACACCUCUUUCAAGGUUGAGUCCAUCAACAAUGGCCCCACUGAGCCCGGUGGUCAAGGCGAGGCUGAUCUCGACGUUCAAAUCUCUGUCGCGUUGGUCUACCCCAUCGACACCGUCUUCUACUCUACUGGUGGUAGCCCUCCUACGACCGGACCUGGCGGUGAGCAGAAUGAGCCCUACCUGGACUGGCUCAAGUACACCCUGGCUCUGGACAGCCCAUCCCAGACGUACUCCAUUUCCUAUGGCGAUGAUGAGCCCACCGUUCCCAACGACUACGCCGAUGCGGUUUGUGCGCAGUUCAUGAAGCUCGGCGCUCGUGGUGUCAGUGUUCUCACAGCUUCCGGCGACUCUGGCGCUGGAAACCGCGCCGCUUGCUCAGGUGGCAAGGUCACCUACAAGCCCUCGUUCCCCGCCAGCUGCCCCUGGGUCACAACCGUCGGAGGCACCACCGGAUACGGCUCCAACGAGCAAGGCUUCCGUGACGGAGGCGGUGGCUUCUCCAACCACUUUGCCACCCCCGACUACCAGGUGGACGCUGUCAACGGUUACAUUGGAAAGCUGGACAGCGCAACCAAGAGCGCUUUCAACGCCUCCGGCCGUGCCUACCCCGAUGUUGCCGCACUCUACACCAACUACCCCAUCUUCAGUGGCGAUUCGGAGGGGAGUAGCGGCGGCACCAGCGCCUCUACCCCCACUACCGCCUCCAUCAUUGCCCUGCUCAACGACUACCUCGUGUCCAGCGGCAAGAGCCCUCUCGGUUUCCUCAAUCCCUGGCUCUACAAGAAGGGCAAGGAAGGUCUCCGUGACAUUGCCAAGGGAGGAAACAACGUUUGCUCCUUGCAAAAGGCUUUCCCUGCCGUUGAAGGCUGGGAUGCUUCUACUGGUCUGGGUGUGCCCGACUUUGCCAAGCUCAAGGCGCUUCUGUAA